AUGCAGCCACCCAAUCAACAGCCAGCCAGCCAGCAAGAACAAAGUCACAUGCAGCUGGAGAGGAGUAGCCGAGAAGUGACCGCACCGCCACCCAUACGACCACCGGCCGGCAGGCCAGUCACACAGUCACACAUGGAAUCAGCAAGCACAUUCUCCACCUCGCCACCGCCGCCGCCACCGCCACCGCCGCCGCCUCGUCUCCUCCGUCCCCUGCAGCUCCCCGGGCCACCUCCACACCCAGGGAUGGUCAAGAAACUCCCGCAGAGGGGCGGUGAUGCUGGGGACACUGCAAGGAGGGCGAAGCAGAUGGGGAUAGCGAGGGGCGAUUCCUGCGAUUCAUUAGCAGCGGAACACAAGAGUUACUUGUGCGGCAGAGAAAAACACACCGACAAAAACCUCGCGAGUGGUGUGCAGCGGGGCGGCGGCGGCGGCGGCCAGGGUCCCCGGCGGCUACACGCGGACCAACAAAUUCCUGCACAUAAAACCGCGAGCCUGGAGGAGUCUCAUGAGCCGCAGCAAGACAGGCGAGACAGGAGACGCUCUCGACCUCCCUCAGCGACGCCUUCCCUCCCUCAAAGUGUGGAUGGUGCCAAGGUGACCUCCAGACAGCGGCCACGUGGCUUUCAGAGGCUGGCCAGCCACCGCCCCUUAGCGACACCCUUCACCACAGCACCCCCAUGCACGUCCUGCCCACACCAGCACCCGUAUUCGUAUAUCUCGCCACUCACGUCAGCACAGCCUCCUACCUCUGCCUUCCAUGCCUAA